GUCGUGGUUCUGGGUUGGGAGGUCCGGGGCCUGGAGAGCGCGUCACGCGACUGGGGGCAGGGGCGGGAAUCACUGGGCCGGCGCCCGCGGAGGGCAGUCCCAGGAUGCCCCGCGCCGCGCCCAGCCCGGACUCCAUUUCCCAGCGGCCCGUGCGGCCGGCCCCGCUGCCCGCCCGAGCGCCGCGGCCCCUUUGUGAGCCCGCCGGUCCGGCCGAGAGCGAGGCCCCGCCCCGGCCCGCGGGGCGCUCGGCUCCCGGCGGCCGACGGCGCGGAGGGAGGUGCCGACCCGCGGGGAGGAGGCGCUCUAUUAUUCCAGACACUGCCCUUCCAGUGAGGAGCGUGAAGUAGGAGGACAGAGGAGCUGCCAUAAAUUCUUAAAUUCUUAAAGCCAUGUCCAAGGAUUUGGUGACAUUUGGGGAUGUGGCUGUAGAUUUCUCUCAAGAGGAGUGGGAAUGGCUGAACCCUGCUCAGAGGAAUUUGUACAGAAAGGUGAUGUUGGAGAACUAUAGGAGCCUGGUAUCACUAGCAGGAGUUUCAGUUUCUAAGCCAGAUGUGAUCUCAUUAUUGGAACAAGGAAAAGAACCCUGGAUGGUGAAGAAGGAGGGGACAAGAGGCACGUGCCCUGAUUGGGAGUAUACGUUUAAAAACAAUGGAUUUUCAUCAAAGCAAGUUAUUUAUGAAGAAACAUCCGAACUACUGAAAAUGGGAAGAAGCCAUCUUAGUUAUAGCCUUGACUGCCCCAGUUUGAGAGAAGACUGUAAAAGUGAGGACUGGCUCAAGAACCAGUUAGGAAGUCAGGAGGUACAUUCCAGACAACUGAUCAUCACUCAUAAAGAAAUGCUCACUGAGGAUCAAAGUAAUGAAUAUACUAAAUCUUGGCAAACUUUCCAUGAGGAUGCAAUAUUUGAUAUAAAAAAGACUUUUCCCACCAAAGAAAGAGUACAUAAGCGUGAGCCACAAAAGAGAAGUUACCGAAAAAAGUCUGUCGAAAUGAAACAUAAGAAAGUCUAUAUACAAAAGAAACUCUUGAAAUGUAAUGAAUGUGAGAAAGUUUUCAACCAGAGCUCAUCCCUUACUCUUCAUCAGAGAAUUCAUACUGGAGAGAAACCCUAUGCAUGUGUUGAAUGUGGGAAAACCUUCAGCCAGAGUGCAAACCUAGCUCAACAUAAGAGAAUACAUACUGGAGAGAAACCCUAUGAAUGUAAAGAAUGUAGGAAAGCCUUCAGCCAGAAUGCACACCUUGCUCAACAUCAGAGAGUUCAUACUGGAGAGAGACCUUAUCAAUGUAAAGAAUGUAAAAAAGCCUUCAGCCAGAUUGCACACCUGGCUCAACAUCAGAGAGUUCAUACUGGAGAGAGACCUUUUGAAUGUAUUGAAUGUGGAAAAGCCUUCAGUAAUGGUUCAUUUCUCGCUCAGCAUCAGAGAAUUCAUACAGGAGAAAAACCUUAUGUAUGUAAUGUGUGUGGGAAAGCCUUUAGCCAUCGUGGAUACCUAAUUGUACAUCAGAGAAUUCAUACUGGAGAGAGACCAUAUGAAUGUAAGGAAUGUAGAAAAGCUUUCAGCCAAUAUGCACACCUUGCUCAACAUCAGAGAGUUCAUACUGGAGAAAAACCUUAUGAAUGUAAAGUAUGCAGGAAAGCCUUCAGCCAGAUUGCAUACCUUGAUCAACAUCAGAGGGUUCACACUGGAGAAAAACCCUAUGAGUGUAUUGAAUGUGGGAAGGCCUUUAGCAAUAGUUCAUCACUUGCACAACAUCAGAGAAGUCAUACUGGAGAAAAACCUUAUAUGUGCAAGGAAUGUAGGAAAACAUUUAGCCAGAAUGCAGGCCUUGCUCAACAUAAGCGAAUUCAUACUGGAGAGAAACCUUAUGAAUGUAAUAUUUGUGGGAAGGCCUUUAGCUAUAGUGGAUCUCUUACUCUACAUCAAAGAAUUCAUACAGGAGAGAGACCCUAUGAGUGUAAGGAUUGCAGGAAAUCUUUCAGGCAGCGUGCCCAUCUUGCCCAGCAUGAGAGAAUUCAUACUAUGGAGUCAUUCUUGACUCUUUCCUCUCCCUCAUCCUCCAUGUCCAGUCAGUUGCCAAGACCUGUUGGUUUUAUCUCCUAAAUAUGCCUUGAAUCUGACUCCUUUAAUCCAUUUCCGUUCCAUCAUCUUUGUCCAGUACACAGUAAUCUAUUUCAUAUGGACUAUGGAAAUAGCUUUCUGAUUGGUCUCCCUGUAUUUACCAUUUCCUUUGUCAGCUGCCUACAUUGCAGUCAAACUUGUAUUUUAGAAGUUUGAUCAUAUCCCUUCCUCAUUGAUAUCCUUCACUGGUACCCCAUAGUUCUUAGGUUAAAGCACACAUUCCUCAGAAUAGCCUAAAAGACCCUCCUGCCCCAAAUACCUUGUUCCAGUAUACCUUCCAAAAUACUAUUUCAUGUCAAAAUCCAUCUCAUUCUUUGGCUAUUUAUCCAGAAUUAAGAACUCAUAUUCCAGCAUCAAACAGAUCUGGGUUCUAAUCCUUGCACUUCCAUUUUCUAGCCCUCUAGUUUCAGAGAAACAUUUUGUUCUUUGUAAGGUUCAGUCUUCUUAUUUAUAUUAUGGAAAUAGUACUACCUCAAAAGUUGAUGGGAGGAUUAAAUGAGAGAAUGCAUGUAAAUUGCUCAGAGUGCCUAGCAUAAUCACUUAAUAAAUGUUACCAUAAAAUGAAAAGAUACUGUGGUAUACAAAGAGGACCUGAUCUUCUUAGCAAGGAUCAUCUGAGAAAUAACAAAAGCAGCAGCAGUUUAAGACUUAAGAGAUUAUACAGAUUUUUGAUUAGAACAGUAGUCAUUGUUCUAAAGGUGGGUGAUAAGGGUAUCUAAAAACAGUAGCAUUGAUACUAAAGUCCAUAAUGAUAUAGACCAAGAUAUGACUUUGUUGGUAAGAAAACUAACUUCAUUAGAUACUCAACAGUUCUAAGAAGCCAGAUUUUAAAAAUCACUAGUAAUAAGUAGGAUUACUGAGAUGUAUUCAUUUACAUUAAGACAAAGGCAAAAUAGAUAUUUUUAAAAAGACAACUUAAAAAAAUCAAUAACCAAAGAAUAGAAAAUAAAAUAUAAGUUUGAUGCCCUCUCCUAAUUCCAGGUAGUUGAACUGUAUUAAAUCUAAGUCAUUUAAAACCAAAAAGGUUAAGCUAGUUCUAAGGUGUAAAUCCAAAACUAGAGGGGAAAAGAAAACCAUAGAUCAAUACUCCUAAACUGGUGGCCUACAAACGUGUUUGAUUUGGUACUCAUUAAGUUUAAAAUGAAUACAAAAAAAAAAAUACAAAUACUUUUAUUUGGGCAUGUGUUUUCCAGUUCUCCACAGUUCAAACCAUUCCUUCUUCCCUUACAUCUGACUUAUUUUACACUUCAUAUUACUUCCUGACUCUUGGAGGCUUUGAAUAUGCAAUCACUUCAGUAACCAAUUCACAUAUGAAUAUAGGUACAAAGAAAAUGAUGAAAUGGAGGGUGAAAAGGAACAUUUGAAUAGACAUUUUAUCCUGCAGGGGAAGACUAUUCUCAAGAUGUUAGGAGGCCCAAAAUUAAUCUACAGAUUCUUUGUACCUAAAAAAUCCUAAGAAUUUUUUAAGGCUUGAAACAUUGUGUGCAUGUGAACAAAGACACAUGUACAUUCAUACAGAUAAACACAUAAAAUAUAUAAAUAAAGGAAUUUGUCAGUGGCUUAACAGUACUGGUAAAAUUGAUUCUGCUCUGUACAAAACCAAUUCCUUCAUUCUUUUACCCAAAUGUGAAAGUUAUUAGAGGACAUAGUAACAUAAUUUAUAAUCCAAGAGUGAAAACAAUCUUCCUAAACAAGACAUGAGAUCCAGAAGCCACACAUACACAGAUUCUACGUUUGACAGCAUAAGAACUUUAUUAAGCUUUUAUAUAGUCAAAGAUAGUAUAAACACAAAGUUUUUAAAUAUCACUAUUAGAGAUAAUUAUAACAUACAUGAAAUCCAUAUCCUUAACAUAAAAGUGGUCCUACAAAUCACUUAGAAAAUGACACUACUAUUCCCAAAGACAAAGGAUAUAAAGAGGCAACAGGUGACUGAUGAAUGUAUGAUAAAUACUGAAUCUCACUAGAAUGAAGAAAUAAAAGUUAAGCGAAUGAACUAUCCAUCUGUCAAUAUCAGAUUUAUAAAAAAUAUGCAUUGCAAAAGCAGGAAAGGAGUAUGUGUGAGAGUAUGAAUUUGUACAAAUUUUUGGAAAGGCAACUUAUCAAUAUCAGAAUUUUCAUUGGAAAAACAGAUUUUCUUUCGCAGUUAACAAACAGUAUAUAAAUUUACCUUCCUUCCAUAUCCCAUUAAAUGCAUAAAACAAUGGAAAAGAUACCAAAGAUCAGAAAGCAGGGUCAUCAGUGGAUGAAAAGAAUUGAGCAAAUAAAAGACAAAAUGGAGGAAAGAGUUCAUUCAUGAAAUGUAGCAGAGGCUGCUGUAACCUGAAAUGUUUGAAUGAUAGGGAUUUCAGUAAUAGGAGCCACUCUGCCCAAAUGCUGUGUACAGAGCAUCCCUAGAGUUUAGGCUCCAAGCUGGUUUGUGUGUAGAGGCUGGGGGUGGGAGGGAUGGUAAUAAGAAACAGUGACAAGACUGUUAAAUGCUUUUCUAUGUGGAAGCCAACAGCUUCCUCACUCCACACUCUAAGUAAACUGAAUAGGAUCCUUACUUCACACCAUCCACAAAAAGGGAGUUCCAGUUGACUAAGAUCCUAAAUGUAAAACAAGUAAAAGUAUUAUAAGCAAAUACAGUAGGAUAUAUUUAUUAAUUGGUGUUGGACAUACAUUUCUAAAAAAGAAAAUGUUCUUAAAAUUUAGAACAGAAAGGAAGAAAAUAUUUGUAAUAUAAUACAAAGGGAAAGAUGUAAGAACACCUAUAAAUAAGCAAAAGACAACUAAGGAGGUAUAAAAAUGGACAAAAUAUGAAGAAUAGGCAAAUUGCAGAAAUACAGAAAAUGAGUCCCAGCUCAACCUCACUAGUAUUGAGAUGCAAAUUUAAAUAAUGAACCCCCCCAAAAAAGUGGCCAGGGCGUGGAGCAGUAAGAAUGCCUCACUGCCACUUUGGAGGCAGUGAAGUUUUUAAAAUGUUCACUAUAGUCCCUUUGGAGGGCAGUAUGGUUAGUACAUGAAACACUGGAAACAAUCUAAAGUUCCAUGGUGCAUGACUAGAAAUAUUAGCAGCAGUUUGAAAGAAUGCACCAGUGAUACACACAUGGAUGUAUCUGACUAAAGGACACUGAAACAGCAAAUUUUGUGGACUUGCACAGUAUUAUGUUUUUAAAAUAUUUCUAACACAUUUAAAUAAGUAUGCAAAUGUUUCGAAAAGGUUUUGGAGAGACACAUGCCAACUGGUAAGUGUUCCUUCUAGGGAGGAGACUGGGAUUGGAUAUUCUGGUUAAUAGGAGACCUAGUGUUAUCAGUAGUAUUUGAAGUUCUAAGCAAUAAUGUAGUAAUAUAAGAAAUUUAAACUAUGAAGAAAUGAACUUAUGGAAACUUGGGUAGCUAGCAUGAGAGUUGGUGGCUAAGUCAAAACCUUUUCAGGAAUUUGGAGAAUCUCUCUUUGACUUGCUAGUCCUUCCCAUGCAUACAAAGAUCCCAGUAACCCUUCCUAAUCAGGGAAACUGAUCUACAGCUACCUGGGGUUAACAAGCCAUAUCAUUUUUUUUUUAAAGAUUUUAUUUAUUUGACAGAGACACAGUGAGAGAGGGUACACAAGCA